CAAGUAAAAAAAAAAUUGAAAUUGUCCUGGAUGUAUAAGUAGUUAAGAGGGUUUCUUCAGUGAAGUGCAGUGUCAGUGCAUAGGUAUUCGAACAGCUGGAGUAAAAGGAGUAGAAAGAAAGUUCAAGCAGCGAGAAUACUUGUGACCUUCAGCCUCCGCUCAAAAUGAGCAAGCCCAUGGACGAGGAUGUUCCAGAGAAGACGGAGGAGGAGGAAUUCAACACUGGCCCUCUUUCUGUCCUUAUGAUGAGUGUGAAAAACAACACACAGGUUCUGAUAAAUUGUAGAAACAACAAGAAACUCCUUGGACGAGUUAGAGCCUUUGAUAGGCAUUGCAACAUGGUUCUGGAGAAUGUUAAAGAAAUGUGGACAGAGGUCCCAAAGACGGGGAAAGGGAAGAAGGCGGCCCAGCCUGUCAACAAGGAUAGAUUCAUUAGCAAAAUGUUCCUUCGUGGAGAUUCUGUGAUUAUUGUUCUAAGAAAUCCAAAGUGAUUUACAGCUUUGCUUAAGUUGUUUGACUCCAAUUAAGUGUGUAGAUAUGUAGGUAGGGUUAGAAGAGGAAUUUUUAUGUUCGGAAGUUUCAAAAAACUUGGGAACAUUUGUGGUUGAGAACAUUAAAUUGAGGCAAUCUUUUAUCUUUUAGUUCACAUCAUAAUAUUGCAGUUAAUAGGACCCUUGAGAACACACAUUGUUUGUCAGCUAAUAUUUGUAAGGAGGUUUGAGAGCUAGUUAACAUGUCUACGAGUUAUAUUUUGGCUUUGAUAACAGCUAGAACCAUUGAUGGGUUGGGGAUUCCAUCAUAAACAGAUCAUGAGUUGGUUUCAUAAAUUUCUGGAUUAAACUGUACAAUCUUUUCAUUGUCAACAUUUCGGAUCAUACUUCAUCAGGAUGAGUACUUAAAGACUUAA